CACACACACACACACACACACACACACCCCCCCAUCACGUAUACUCUCUCUCUCUCUCUCUCACACACACAGUCAAACAGAGUGUUUCGUUGCUAGUGAAGUGGAGAUUAAGGUGUUUAAAAUGGAUGCGUGAAAAGGAAGUCACGAUACAGAAUCUCUGUUUCUCCUUGUUUUCCUUCAGAUAUUAAUUACACUUCGAUUUACCUUCGAAUGGGGAACAAGGAUCAUUCUUCUUCUAGUUCUCUUUCUGCUCAAUCGCAAAUGCAGAUCGAGAAGAACAGAGUCGAUGCUGUUCUUCAUCUUCUUCGAAAACCGUCUCCUCUCACCCUCAAACAGGAGAAAUUUUGCAACGAAGCUUGCAUAGGAAGAUUUCUGAAAGCAAAAGGAGAUAAUGUGAAGAAAACCGCUAAGCAACUGCGUGCUACUCUCUCAUGGAGAGAGAAUCUCGGCGUUGAUCAUCUGAUCGCCGAUGAGUUUUCCGGAGAGAUUGCGGACGGCAUGGCGUAUGUAGCCGGUCACGAUGACCGAUCUCGACCAGUGGUGAUUUUUCGAAUCAAGCAAGAUUAUCUCAAAUUUCGGUCACAGAAGCAGUUCAUUCGCUUGUUGGUUUUCACUUUGGAGGUAGCAAUUCAAACAAUGGCAAAAUCUGUGGAGGAGUUGAUUGUCUUAUUUGAUGCAAGUAAGUCUUUAGAUUUGAAUAAAACUACUUUGCCAUUUGACAUUUCAUACAUAAUUUUUAAAAUAUAUUCCGCCAACUUAAUAUUCAAUUAA